UUUUUUAUGUGGUGUUUUGCUGUGAUUGUGAAAUGUGUUUCUAUAUGACGAAAUUGUACCUUGUUCCGUGACUUGUGUGAUGUGACGCCAUUUUCUUCGUGAAUGCCAAUUAACGAUAUUCUUCAAUAUUUUUGAUAUCCUAACGUUUAGUGCAGCUUCUGGGGGAUAAAUAAACAUUAAAAUAGUUGGCAUGCAUCUUAUACUUGUGGUCGUUGUUUUAGGUGGUGUAACUAUUCAUUGUGAUGCCGGUGGAUGCUGACUUUAACUGCACAGUCGUGGUGACGCCUAGUUGUGAGCUGAAGGGUCUUCGCACUUGGAAAGACAUUUGUCUGGUACGGAAUUCACUUUUUCAACAUCAGGGCCCAAUACGAUCCUGACACAGAAAGUAGUCGCAGCUCAUCGGCUGAGGCAGCCGCUAACCGAGAAGACAGCAGGAGGGAUAUCAUCGCGUUUUAAUUGUAACAAUUUAGUGCAUCGAACAUUGUGAUCAUUGUGAGACUUUGUGUUACAAACAAGUGCAAUAUACUGAUAGUGCAAUCGUACUCUCGACGAGGACACGUUUUGUUUAUUGUUUUAUAUUAAAAGUGAAAUUAAUUGUGCAAGUAUGGAGCGAGAAUCGAAUCCAAUGGAGGCGUUGUGCCGUUCAGGUUGCGGUUUCUACGGAAACCCGUCCACUGACGGUCUCUGCUCAGUUUGUUUUAAGCGCGUGGAAUUCCAGGAGGCGUUGAAAAAGAAGCAGCAGCCGCCCGCGACGACGCCGUCGCCGGUCGCGUCGACGUUCGUGCCGACGCCGGCCACGCCGCUCGCCGCCGCCGCGCCCACCGUGCCGACGCUGCCCGCGCAGACGCAGACGCUGACAGAUAAAUUAGAAGAGGAAAGUGCAGCGGGCACGAGCGGCGCCAGCACCGGCGCGUCGGACACUGACGCCGACGACAAAGAUCCCAGCAAGGACAAAAAGAAAAAGAACAGGUGCGCCGUGUGCCGCAAGAAGGUUGGACUUACAGGGUUCGAGUGCCGCUGCGGCGGGCUGUUCUGCGCCGUGCACCGGUACAGCGACAAGCACGACUGCUCGUUCGACUACCGGGAGCUCGGCGCGCAGGAGAUCCGCCGCAACAACCCCGUUGUGGUCUCGCAGAAGAUACACAAGAUAUGAGCCCCCCCGCCGCCGCCCGCCCGCCCCGCACCGCUCUACGUACGGAUCGAGCCUCCGUCUCGCCUCUGACAUCUUGGCGCCGGCACGAACUUGACCAAGUGGCCCCCCGUGGAGCCCUGUGGACCCCCGCGGACUCCCUUGGACCCCCAUGGGUUAUUCGGCGACGUUACGCCCUCGACUCGUGCCGGUCCCCGUACACUAGAGACGCAGACUCGAUCUUCUUAUUAG